AUGGUCUCUUCCUCAGUCCUCCUCGCCCUCAUCCCGGCUGUGGCCGCUGCUCCUCGGGCCUGCACUGCCCCCAAGCCUACCACCUGCCAGUCCCCCAAGGGCGACUUCACAGUAGUCGCCCCCGGCCUGUACCCCGAGAGCGCCGAUUUCGACGAUUCCAGAUGCGUCACGUACAUUGGUAACCUGUACAACAGCACCGUCUCCGUCUACGAUGCCACCACCAACAAUGUCACCGAGCUCAUCUCCUUUGACAAAAUCUCCGGCGUACCCGCCUUCCACGUCUCCGGCGUCCAGCGCGACCGCCGUCACGACAUGCUGACUGUGAGCGCCAACGCCGGCGCGGCCUUUGACACCUCGGGCGAGAACGUCUCCGGCACCAACCUCAUCGUCCAGUACAACCUGGCUAAGAAGCGCGUCGAGUGGACCCAGAACCUGACGGCCGUCUCCAACGGCGCCUAUGGCGGCUUCCAGGACAUUGAGCACGACGCUGCCGGCAACAGCUUCGUCGUCGGCACCUUUCCCAGCAGCAUCAUCAAGAUUACCGCCGACGGCAAGACGCCUAAACUCUGGUUCGGCCCCUCAGGUACCAAUACCACAGCGCACGGCUUCACCGGUAUCGCCGCGUUCAACGACGCCCGAAGCGCGCUGGUGCCUGACGGCCAGACUGGCCAGGUUGUCCGCUUCGACCUGACCGCCGAAACUGGCGAGCCCGUCACCGUAACCCUCGACAGCACCGAGGCCAUUGGCAAGGACCUCGACGGCGGCUACCUGCCCCCCCUCUUCAAGGACACCGUCUUCCUCGUCUCCGACAACGCUCUCGGCACGAUUGUGCUCAAGUCCGAGGAUCAGUGGAAGACGGCCAAGAAGGUCGGCGUCGUCCCCAACCCCCUCGGAACCGAAAAUGGCUUCCACGUCGCAACUGUGCAGAUUGUGGACAGAAUCUACGCCGUCACCGAGUGGUUUUUAGACAACACCCCUGAAGUGGCCCUCAACCGCACGGCGUUCCCCUUUGUUGAUAUCACUGAUAGUAUCAACAAGCUUCUGAUCUAA